AAAAGGUCCGUUCAUAAAUUGCACUUCGCAAUAAGACGUUACAGACAAUUAAAGAAACAUUGCAAUUACUCCGUUUCAUUAAUCCAGGUACAUCGGGCUGAUUAUGGUGUAUUCAGAAAUAUAGCUGACACGAUAUGUAGGAGUUUUAUUGCAGAAAAGGUUCUAAGAGUAGAUGCCGUCAUCAGAGAGCGACAUAACAACAAACGGCAGCGCUGGGUAGAAGGCCGCGCGGCAAAGUCUGAUCAUGGACAGUGAAGUUCAGAGAGAUGGAAGAGUUCUCGAUCUCACAGAUGAUGCCUGGAGAGAAGACAGACUGCCAUAUGAAGAUGUCACAAUCCCACUGAGUGAACUUCCAGAAUCAGAACAAGACAACGGCGGAUCGACUGAGUCAGUCAAAGAGCAAGAGAUGAAGUGGUCAGAUCUCGCCCUGCAGAGUUUGCAUGAAAACACCCCAAACGUUGGCACUUAGAUGGGAAGAUGCUCUGUCCUCCCCAGCCAUGUAUUAUGAUGAUGGAAAGAACUCGACUCAUUUCUGAACUACAACCUCAAAUAAUUGUGCCGCUGUGAUUCAUAUAUAUAUAAAUGUUUAAAAUGUAAAGUGCAGUAUUCAUUUAAAUUGAGUUGUGUGCUAGUUGUUUAAAUUAUUGUUAGUACACCGCAUUCUUACAAUUCACACAAUGUUCAAGGUUUCAAACUGGUUAUCUAAAAUACACAACACUUAUAACGUCUGUAUAGAUGAGUUGCAACCUGUAUGGGGUCCGUUUUUUUAAAGAAAUGUAUACUUUUAUUCAGAAUG